AUGACGACGAUGACCGUCGAUAUACCUGCGCGGCCACUGGCCGAGGUGGUGCUCUAUGCCGAGUUCGAUUUGACCAAGGGCAGUACACUGCGUGCGAGCUACCCAAGUCCCUUCACUCACUACUCGCCUGAGUUCUUUGCCGAUAUGAUGUUACCUGAAGGUGUGCACAACCGCAAGGAAGACUUUACCAUCUUUUUCCUCAACCGGCUUACCGCAAAAGCGCCAGACGCAGCGACACAAGUUAGUGACGACCACUCGACAAAAGUGGGCGAUGUCCAGGACCAGGAUCCACUACAAAAUUUCAUGUACUGCCUUAGUGUAGUACGUACGACACACGACACGGCGGCUCGGCGUGGUGCCAAAGUGACGGCAGUGGCGCUGUGCUCGACCCACAAGAGCUGCGUUUCUCUUAAGGACGUGCUGAACUUGGCCGUGCUUAAGAUCGUAGGCACCACAAAUGAAGCGGAGAGUGAACAGGUGUUGAAAGAGCUGUACGACGUAGUAAAUGCCAUUGACAUUUCUGGAGUUCGUGGGCUCUCCAGUAUGGAACGAAGACUUAUGAAACGUACAAUUAGUAGUACAGGAGAAACGUUAGCCAAUUGGGAAGAUGCCACGACACUAAAGAACGCCUUGUUCUUUCGAACUCGAGCUCAUUGGGACGACAUUUCGAUCCCAUUGCAAUUUAAAAUCUGCAGCACGGACGAUCAACAUGAUGACGGAACAUUGACGCAAUUAUUGCAGACUUUUGGAGAUCAGACAAUGAUUCUGUUUAAUGCCGUGCUGACUGGACAGAGGGUGAUUAUGUUGGGGUAUAAUCGACCGGCAGGUGAAGUGUGCAACUUUGUGCUUGCCACCAGUUCGCUGGUGUGUCCACCCUUGUUUGGACUUAUUCAUCGCCAAUACCCCUAUGCGAACCUCACGGACUUGGGUUUUCUGACUACACCGGGGUUUAUUGCUGGGGUGACAAAUCCAAUGUUUAAGACAAAACGGGAGUGGUGGGACGUUUUGUGUGAUAUAUCGACAGGUGAAGUCUUUGUGUCGUCGCCGGUGGAGAAAGAAGAUUACGAUGCUUCGGAUCGCACCUUCGUUCUCGAGGUACUGGACGGAGUAGCUGCAGGUUGUGACGAAGAGUGGGUGCGGUGUAUGUUUGAGGAAUACAUGCUAAAAAAUGUCGUGGACAUUACAAUGGGUGAGGCGAACUACUUGGACCCUGACGCACUGGCAAAGCGCUCAGCAAUCAAUAUCAAGCGUAUUACCAAGUGGACUCGUACUGACAGCUACAAAUGCUUCAUGGACUCCCCUCAACGGUCACACUUCCACUCACCAGCGUUCAAUAUAUCCUACUCACAUAACUUGCGUGUACUUGCUACAGAGCAAGCACACAUCGUGCAUGUAUAUGGCAGAACAUUUGUGCAUUAUGAGAAAACUGGUGUGGAUCUGAAGCGGCAUAUUCGGAGUCUUCAAGGCGAUAUGGUGAUGCUAGAUGAUACUCUUGCGGAGACAAUCUACUCGGACUUUGCUACGUUAUUGAAUACGGAAGUGGAACUGCAGGAGUUUCUAAGUUUUUUGCCAGUGCUACGCGGAGGCCUGCAGACCAUUGCGCAGGGAAUUUUCCACCCAUCCAUCAGCGUUAAGCACAACACUGUGGUGCUCCUGAAGCGCCUGGAACAAUUUCCGUCAACUGCACCUAGCAUGCAUCGACUCAACGCGUUCCUGAUGACGUCGUAUGAGCGCAUCCACAACAUUGUCAACCUGGAGGAUACAAAAGACUAG